AUGCCAUCGCCCCCCACAAGACUGCCCAGCCCCUAUGGCUCUGAUCGGCUGGUACGGCUAGCAGCCAGGCUCCGGCCAGCUCUAUGUGAUACACUGAUUACUGUAGGGAGCCAGGAGUUCCCUGCCCACAGCCUGGUGCUAGCAGGUGUGAGCCCCCGGCUGGGCCGCAGGGGCCGGUGGGCUCUGGUAGAAGGGAUCAGCCCUUCCACCUUUGCCCAGCUUCUGUACUUUGUUUAUGGGGAGAGUGUAGAACUGCAGCCUGGGGAGCUGGGGCCCCUUGAGGAGGCAGCCAGGGCCUUGGGGGUGCAGGCCUUGGAAGAGGCAUGCAAGAGGGCUCGAAGGGACAGGCCUAAAGAAGAGCUGGAUCCAGGGCUGAAGAAACAUCAGGAAGAGCCAGAGAAAUCCAUGAGGGAUUCUGAGAGAGAACUGGGACUUGGAGAGAAGCGACAACCAGAGAAGUUUUUUAGAACUGAUGGAAGAGAACACGAGAUGUUGCACAAGUACAAGCCACCAAGAGAGAGCACUGACAUGGCAGAGGCAAUGCAGGAAGGCCAGGAGAAGCAGAUGAGAUCAAAGGAGGAGAAACUCAGCCAAUCCCCUGUUGGUCACAGGGGAGCAGAUGGGAAGCAAGGAGUGGUCAUGUGGGUGAGGGGGAGUCCAGCGGGCUCUGAGGAAAGUCUGCGGGAGUUCCCUGGCCCCAUUCCCCCACCAGGUUCCCUCCAAACCAGCAUCAUCCCCAGGCCCUGGUGGGCUGAGGCCCCUCAGUUGGGAGAGGGCCAGCCUGCCCUGUGGAGCAUCCUGCUGUUGCCGCCCAGAUAUGGCACUCCUUUCUCCCAUAGCACCCCCAUCACUGGAGCCUGGCAGGAGGUCUGGCCUCGGGAUCAGAGGAUCCCACUGUCCUUAAACCCCCACAAAGGACUCUGGAGCCAGAACCAGCUUGCUUCCUCCAGCUCCACUCCAGGUUCCCUCCCCCAGGGUCCCACUCAGUCCAGCCCUGGGGAGAUGGAAGAGUCUGAUCAGGGGCACACAGGUGGGCUUGCAAACUGUAUGGGUGAUGAGGGCACAACAGGCUACCCAUCUCAGCAACACCCUCCUGCUCGGUCUCGGCCCUAUUCUUGUUCUGUCUGUGGAAAGAGGUUUUCACUCAAGCAUCAGAUGGAGACACACUACCGAGUCCACACAGGAGAGAAGCCCUUCUCCUGUAGCCUCUGUCCUCAACGCUCCCGGGACUUCUCAGCCAUGACCAAGCACCUGCGGACGCAUGGAGCCGCUCCCUACCGCUGCCCUCUAUGCGGGGUCGGCUGCUCCAGCCUGGCCUCCAUGCAGGUCCAUAUGCGUGGCCACUCUCCCAGCCAGCUCCCGCCCGGAUGGACCAUUCGCUCUACCUUCCUGUACUCCUCCUCCUCCUCCUCGAGGCCGUCCCAGCCCUCGACCUCUCCCUGUAGAUCCUCUUCCUCCACCACCUGACGGGGUGUCGGUAGCUUCUUUGGCCUCAGCCAAGAGUCCAAUUAAAGAAUGAAAGGCGGGCCUGCUCGGCUUCUGACCUGGCACCGCUGCUACGGUGGCCUAGAAAAUUCUGCUCCAGAAGCACCUCUGGAAGGGCACCGAGAGCUCUCUCCCAGAUGUCCGCGGGUCGCAGAAGCCUGGGUCAGUGAGCACAGGUGGGCGAGGGUACUGAGGUUUGCACGAGUGAAGGUUAACUGUAUACGGGGGCUGUCAAUUGCAUAAUCAGAAUAAAGAGUUUCCUGUGCUCUCCUCUCAGGACAAGAAA